UAACCGUCUAUUCUCCUACUCCAAUCGCACUUUGACCCCUUUCCACAUCCUACUACCUCAUACCCAGACCUCCUCAUAUCACAGCCCACCAUCUAUCACGCUACGCCACCGAGCUCGCCAACAUGACGUUUGGUCUGGGCAUCGACUUUGGCCCGCCAGAGGGCGUCCCACCUCCUCGUCAGCCACCCCCUCCUCGUCCAUCUUCGCAGCAAGAGCGACGGCCUCCUCACGCCGGUGCUGGCAAAGGUCUACCAGCGGUACCACCCGCAUACGCUCGUCCUGCUCCUGGCCACCAUGGUCACCGUCAACAACGCCCACACACAUCUGGCGGCCGCUUGGCCAGCCCGCAGCGCAGAGUUCGUAUCGCAAGCGGCCAGCCCAACGUCCUCGGCAUCGGAGCAGGGCACACCACGGACGAGGACAUCUACUCAUCUCCAGAGGGCACACCAUCUACCCUCUCAUCACCCCGCGAGACCUUCCGUUCCAUUGCCGAUCCCAGGCUCAAUGCCAAUGCCAAGCUCACCGUUGCCAACAUGAGCGAUGUCGACUCAAGCUCGGCUUAUGACUCCUCUGCGCCCAGUUCAAGCUACCUUGGCAGCUCCUCGCCUGCAGAGACCGAGACGAGAGGCACCUCCUACCACUCCAGCGCAGCGCAGUACGCCAGGAACCUUGGUAUGAACAAAUACGCCUCCGAGUCUCAGCCUGACCUUGCCAAGAGCGCGGUACCUGCUCCGGCCAGCUCAAUUGCUCAUGGUGGCACUGACACAGCCCCUCCGCGGCCACAAACCAGACCGAGAAGCCAGAGUGCAGCAAGGGUGCCAUCCGGCACCAGUCUUGGUCGCGCGUCCGAGGUUCGCCCAGGCUCUCGCUCACUAAGAGUUGGCGCCAGCCUCAAUCGUGGAACUGAGCCACAGAGUGGAGCGAACGCUGCAGCAGGAAGAGCAAUUGGGCACCACAAGACUCAGUCAUGGGACGGCGGUCCGAUCCCAGUACUUCAAGGCCAGGGCCCUCGAUUGCCGCUCAAGCCGGGCGAGAUGCUGCAGCUGAAAGAGCCUACGGACAGCGGCUCGGCCACGCCUAAUAGCGAGGGUCUCGUGCCAGAUGGUUUCGGUGGCUACCGAGAACCGAGCGACCGUCAGAUCGAAGCGUCCCGUCCGUCCCCCAUCGAGGAGUCAUCCCCCGAGAUCGCUCAUCAACGCCCUGUACCCACCGAGCGUGCCGCUCCACCACCAGCAAGCGCACAGGCACGCCAACCACACAGUCGAAAUGACAGCAUUGCUUACUCAGAAGCGUCUUCCCACGCUUCUCACGCCUCGUCCACUUCGACAUUCACCAAUGGCGCAUACCCGCAGAUGCCGUUGCGUGUGGGAGCCGUCUAUAGUUCAGAGGGCAUGGAAAUGAAGGCGCAGCCACAGCAGCGAGGUCCACGGGGGAGACAGGCGUCGGAGGGUAGCUUCGUAUCGGCCGUCGAGGAUGCACCAGAAGAGGAGCGAGUCAAUGGUCCUCCUACAACGCAAUCUCGUGCAGCCAGCAUCGGUCCUAACGCCAGCAUGAUGCGAAGCCCUGGCGGUGGUCAUCAGUCCAAGUCAGCUCCUACCGCUACCGCAGAGCAGUCUUCGCAGAUGACUCACUCGAUGUCCAUGCCAUUGGUCAAGAUGCACUCGAUGCGAGGGUACAAGGCGUUUGAAGGGGCUGAACGCGGUGAGGGCAUGGUAACUUUGGACGCUGACCAUGGCGACUUUACGCAAGGGCAACGCAUCAUGCCAGGCCACCUGGGAGACAUCGAUGGGGAUGCGAUUCCGGACAGGGGAGAAAAGGUGGCUCCUCUGGAGGUCCCCGUUCGCCGCGCCACGAUGGCUCAACAGCAACAACAGCCGAUUACGGCAACCACUGCGUCCACGCAACAAUCUCGCCCUCGUUCGCGCAGCGUAGGCAACCUUACACGACCGACUCCGGAGUCUGGAGUCAACCUCGAGCGCCACGGUACGCUCAUCAACCCCUCUGCCAAUCCUGCUCGCCGAUCUCGCGAUCUUCAGCGUCUACUGGGCGACUCGAGGCGCAAGGCUGCUUCCACAACAGCGUCCGACGGGGAACGAUCGCCUACGAAGAGCACGGGACUGCAGCGCUCAAAUGCUGUCGCUAGCGGCGCACAACCGCCUGCUAUCCUCGAGCAGGGCCGUCGCAAAGAGGCUCGAGUUGACGUUGACGUUCUGCUGGAGAGUGACCUGGUCGUUGAGGGCGGUAUGCUGCGUGGUCGCCUCGAGAUCAAGAUCCGCAAGCCAUCCGGCGGCGAAGGUGCCGUCUUCUUGGCUCAGCCCAAGGUCCGUGUCGUGGGCUUUGAGGAGCUGCUCGGUGGCGACGAUACGAGGCACAUCUUCUUCCAUCACGCUGGCUUUGUACACGGCGACGAUGAGCGCGCGCAGCCUUUCAUGCUGCAUGGCUCGCCCAACGUUACGUCGCCUGAGAGCGAGGGACGUGUGCCGCUGCCCUGCUUCGCCACGCAGCCCGACGCAGAGGGCUAUUCUGUCGGUCGCGAAGGCGUGCACUCUAUUCCCUUUGCAAUGGAGGUGCCUAUCGGUAAGGGAGCCAAGGGCAGCUACCGUGGCAAGUCCGCCCAUGUCCGCUACAUCGUUAUUGGCUCUGUCAAGCUCAAGGACAAACACGGCGGCAACCGCUCUAUUGCUCAUUUCUACCGUCACGUUGACCUCUAUCCCUAUCUCAACCCGGCGGUCGUCCUCUCGAGCGCUCCUCGUCCAAUCUCUGCAGAGGGCGAAAAGGGCCUGUUCCUCGGCGGCUCAGGCAAAGUCAAGCUCUCAGCUUCUCUCCAUCGCGCAACGUGGGUGGCAGGUCAACGAGUCUACGUCAACGUCAAUGUUGCCAACGGGACCAGCAAGAAGAUCAGCUCAGCCUCAAUGACCCUCAUCCGCACUGUCACGUUGUAUCGCCCUCGUCCCGAGCUCAAUCUCGGGCACGGCGAGACAACCAUCGAUCCGGACGCUUGCAACACGUCGACCACGCGCAAGAAGGUGACAGAAGAAAUCCUGGAAAUGGGUCAAAAGGGCAGCAGAGGUUUCGUUACGGCCAAAGGCUGGUGGACUGGCGUUGAAGGGCACACGACACUUGACUUCUCGCACCACCUCGCCAUCCCGCAGGACGCGCUGAGCAUCUCUCGCGGUCGCCACGUCGAGGUGUCGUACCACAUCCGCAUCACCCUGGGCACGUCCAUGUCCACGGCCGCCACCGUUGAGCUACCCCUCAAGAUCAUUAACUUUGUAUCCCUUGACCCGCCACCCGUUAAGUCUGCCUCGCCAGCAGCGGCGCGCGCUUGGGCAUCGAACGCGCUGGCUACGUCGACGAACCUUGAACGCCAGUCGGUCUCCUCGGACGAAGGAGAGAUGAUCGCAAUGGUCAAGUCAGCCGAGGCUUUACGCUCGCCGGGUCGCAUGGAGGUGGCUCGUGGUGCGACUUCCCCUGGCUCGAACGCACUGCUAGCCCUUUCGCAGCGAGCAGCACAGCGCAAUGGUCAAAAACUCCCUGUGCCACCGCCACAGGCUGCUCAGCAGAGCCAGACGCUGCAAGCGCCUCAGGAGCCAGCACAGCGUGGAGUGCAAGGUCGCCGCUCGCUUGACUUCAUUCGAACAGCUACGGCGCGUCGCACGAGCAACCAGGGUCAGCCUUCCUCAGCAGCCAGUGAUGCACCUCUGCCAAUGGGCUUGGGCAUUGAGGUGGGCGCUCCAUCUGUGGACGCCGACGCUACGCCACGGAGUGCCACGUCGUCCAGUUUCAGCGGCAGCGACAGUGAGGGACCACGCUCUACGGGUGGCCUCGUACGCCGACGCUCCUCGUCCAUUAACCCCUCGUGCCUGCCCUACGAGCACAUUGACGUCCCCGCUCCCAGCUUUGGCUUCCCUUUCAUGCAGCUUCCAGGUGUCUACAACAAUGACGAGAACGAAGAUGACGCCGAAGCGAGCAAGGCCUCGGCGACAAUUGCGAAGGCCAAGGUCGCUCCCGCUCAGCUGGCCAAGGCGAACAGAGCUUCUUCCCCUCAAUCGACUGUCGCGACUAUACCCUCUCCCGCCUCAUCGCACGAAGCUCUCACGCCGGAGAGCGCUCAUGGCGAUCUGGGAGCGGCUGGGCCAGGCGACCUAAACGACGAUGUGUACGACCUCUCGACGGAAGCUGUCGUUCAAUCAUCUCACCAGGACCUGCCAGGGCGUAAUGGCGACUUGGGGCUCGGCCUUGGUCUAGUCCUCGAUGGCGGUGAAGAGCCCAAGAAGCCGCAGCCUGCCCGUCUACAACCCCUCAAAUCCUCCGUCGCCGGCCCUCGCGAACUCGGCGGAAUGACUCGGUCGCACACAGCUGCCGCCCUCGCCAGCACCGCUACAUCCACCACUACUUCACCAGCACGCAAGCUUCGCCAUUCGAACAGCGCGAAUUCGCUCAGCACCAAAGCGGCUGCGAACGCGACGAUGGCGAAGGGAGGGGUGGCCGUGCCUUCUGUGCGAAACAAGAUCGCCCUGCUGGAGAGUAGGGCAAAGGCGCUGCAUGAGUUCACGCAUCCUACGUCAACCACCCCAGAGGGGACGCCGAAGCGUAGCAGCAGGGCCGGCACGCCCAGCAGUGGCACGCCGACGAAGGUGAGAAGCGGGACGCCCACCACAACCACAACCACUCCAGACAGGCGCAACAGCGGCACGUCUACCCGUCCAGCUGUCAACGGCGACCGUCUUGCCCCUCGAGCCAGUAUCGCUUCUACCACGAGUGGCGCCAAUUUGUCGCGCAACAGCAGCAAGAUCUCUUUCGCCAGCACCGCAGCGGGCAGUGAUGCUACGGGAGGUACGGGCGAGCAGCCUUCUUGGAUGCAGAGAGCGGACAGUAUCGGGAGCUUCAAGGCGCCAAUGCUGAGGGGGCUUGGAGGCACUAGGUGAGGUUGAAGUGUCGCCAACGGUACAAUCCAUUGUUUAUAUCCUACGCUACUAUUACGGACCAACUCUUUUUCUCUCCCUUUCCUGUCCAUC